AUGGCGAAACGUCGGAGGCCUUCAGACACAAAUUCCGAUCUAAAACGAGCAAAAUCUGCGGAAGAAGUGGAUAAUUCGGAAUUCUCCGAUGUUUUGCGGCAAAUAAAAGAGUCAGAAAAUGUGGAAAAUGCGAAAAAAUAUGCGAAACGUUUGAAACAAUUGCUGACAGAUGAGGGAAAAAUAAAGAAAUUUGUAAUAGUUUCAUCGAAUAUUGAGGAAUUGGUGGGGAUUUUCUGCAAACAGACAACAGUUAUGGGAACUUCGGAGUUAGUUUAACUUAAAUAUUUUUGGUAUAGAAUUAUUUAGAUAAAUUGAUUCAGGUAUCGAUCAGAAAUACAUCAAUAUUCUAUCAGUAUAUUGGCUAAUUGCUGUUUCACAAUUCCAAAAACCGGAUUUCUGAUUCGAAAAGCAAAAUCGAAUUUUCUCGAUUUAUCAGUUCGCAUUUUCGAAUCAACAAUCGCAAAUCCAGAUGUGAAAUCAUCAAUGUGUCGACUUCUCGCAAAUCUAUGCUCAAACAAAGACCUAGUUAUGACGUGGAUUUCAAGCAACACGAUUAUUUUCGAUCAAAUCGCAUUGCUUCUAGAAUCAAGUGAUUUGAAAAUUGUGAAACAAUGUUUGCGAAUAUUUUCGAUGCUCGCGAAUUCGUCUUUUACUAGAGUGAGUUGUUUUUUGGGAGGAAGGGAAUGGGAGGGGGGGCUUGAAUAUGCGAUACAGUAGAUCUGAAGAUUUUAGGGGGAUUGUAGCUGUCGGAUACGGAGCGAGCUAAUUUAUCCCCAAACCAUAGUACACAUAUAAAUUAUAAUAUUUAUUAGGAAAAUGUAGUUAGUGGAAUGAGUAUGAUACUGGAGACGAGCAGUUGA